AUGGCUAUCUCCAUGAGGGAUCAUUUUGCUCUACCUCUUAUUGGAGCACUCCUCUCUCCAUUACCAGAACAACAUGAUCACGGGAGUGGUCCUUGGGAAGUGGUGGUGGAUUUGGAUGAAGUGCCAAUGAGUGACAUAUUUUGCCGCUUUUAUGACGACAUCAAAUCCAUUUCGAUUUUGAACGGGGACGCCAAAGAAGCAUUAAAGAACGGAGACAAAGAGUGGUAUGUCAAACUUGCGCUCACAGCAGAGAAAGACGACAUCAAGGCAACCCUCAAACUAAAACUAUUUGAGAAGGAGUCUGUGGUUUCAAUUUUCCAGUCGGUCUAUGCGAAAAUCAAUGAUCAGCAUCUCAAAUUGUUUGUUUGGUUGUAUGCAAGAGAUGUUUUCAAACUAGGCGAAGGUGACGAGGUAAUGAACCCAUAUGCUGAUUUGUAG